AUGUUGGUUUUCCUUCCAUUUCUUUUGUUUCUUUCAUUUUUUUUUUGCUUCUUUUAUUUUUUUAUAGCUAUUUUUUUCCUUGAAAUAUUUCUCUUUCAUCUUUUCUUCAUUCUCUUAAUUUCUUCCCUGUUCUCUCUUUUGUUCUUCAUGUUGGUUUUCCUUCCAUUUCUUUUUCUAUUUUUCCUUGAAAUAUUUCUCUUUCAUUUUUUUCUUCACUCUCUUAAUUUCUUCCCUUUUCUCUCUUUGUUCUUCAUGUUGGUUUUCCCUUCCAUUUCUUUGUUUCUUUCAUUUUUUCUUUUUGCUUCUUUUUUUUUUUUUAUAGCUAUUUUUUUCCUUGAAAUAUUUCUCUUUCAUCUUUUCUUCACUCUUUUAAUUUCUUCCCUUUUCUGUCUUUGUUCUUCAUGUUGGUUUUCCCUUCCAUUUCUUUGUUUCUUUCAUUUUUUUCUUUGCUUCUUUUAUUUUUUUAUAGCUAUUUUUUCCUUGAAAUAUUUCUCUUUCAUCUUUUUCUUCAUUCUCUUAAUUUCUUCCCUGUUCUCUCUUUGUUCUUCAUGUUGGUUUUCCCUUCCAUUUCUUUGUUUCUUUCAUUUUUUCUUUGCUUCUUUUAUUUUUUUAUAG